AUGACUGCCCAAAGCAGAGCUUCCUCUGAUGCGAUCGGUGGUUAUAUUUUCGACCAAACUCUCUUUACCGCUGCUGCCGAUGCGACGGUGGAUCUCACGGAGACUGUCUACCUUGGUCGCCCCUAUUCCGAAUAUGCUCUUGUUGUGAUCAAGAAUUCCUAUAUCACUGACGUGAUCAACCCGUCUGGGUGGAAGAUUUGGUCGACCUCUGAUCCUCGCACUGACUACAUCACAUUUGCCGAGUUCAACAACUCUGGACCUGGAAACUGGGAAAACAACGCGGCUUCUCGUGAAGCAUUCGGAUAUGCCACCCUGCUCACAGAGGAUACCUACACCCUGGAAGACGUCAUGGAUUCCACUGACUGGAUCGAUAUGACAUACUGGGACACGAUCGUUACUCCCUCAUCUGUCUCUGGAACCACCACGACUUCUACUGCCACCGCUACUGCCACCGCUAGCGCUACUGCCACAGCUUACGAUGGAACCACUCCCCCUGACGGUGCUUACAUUGUCUCGAAGACUAGCCCUGGAGAGAAUGUUACAUACUAUGACACCAUUCAGAGUGCUCUCGAUGCUCUCCCCACGUCGUCUAGUGUUACACCUACUGUGUUCAUCUACCCCGGUACAUAUGAGGAGCAGCUCAUAGUGAGCAAAUCUGGAACUGUCAUUUUCAUGGGUUACUCAAACUCCACCUACGACUAUUCUAGCAAUCAAGUCACUAUUCAGUACAACUAUGGUGUGGAUACUCAGGCUGAUGAGUCCAACUCGGACAGUGCCACUGUCUACGCCACUGGAAACUAUUUUGAGGCCAUCAACAUCAACUUCGUCAACAACAACGGCACACAGAAGGACAUUGCAACCCUCGGUUUUGCUGUCAAGUCAAGCAAAUAUGCUAGUCUUUAUGGCUGUCAGGUCAUUGGAAACCAGGAUGCUCUGCUCAUCAACGGAUACCUCUGGAUGUCGAACGGAUAUGUCGAAGGAAACAUUGACAUGAUCUGGGGAAGUGGUGCUGCCUACUUCCUGAACACAACCAUUUCGCCCAACGAAGAUGAUAUCAACCUCACUGCAGACAAGCGUACUACAAUAACAACCGCCGGAGGUCUUGUCUUCGAUCAAUGCACCAUCGUCCCCUCCACUGGAGCGGGAACUAUGUCCAAGAUCUCUCUGGGUCGCCCUUGGAAUGAAUACGCACGGGUCGCAUACAUUGACUCUUACCUUGACUCUUGUGUGGACGCUGCUGGAUGGGAAGAGUGGUCGUCUUCUGACCCCCUGACAGACGGUGUCACCUUUGCCGAGUAUGGCAACUAUGGUCCUGGUUCAAGCACCGCAGACCGUGUUUCCUUUGCGACACAGCUGAACAACACCGGCGUUGUGCAAUUCGAGUUGGACAAUUUCUUUGCGACAACUUCUUGGAUCGACUUCACCCACGUUGAUGGUACGCCCUUCGUUCCGGAUACUUCAUCCACGACUACAGUCUCUUCCGUGGCUGUGUCUACUGCUGCCUCAUCCUCGACAGUCUCUGCUUCCACAGAAACAUCCGUGGUCACAGUCGGUGUCAUUUUGACCUCGACUUCCGAUAUUGUGGAUACUGUCACUCCAACUGAUAAGACUUCGACGGUCAAGUCUACCACAACUACCACUAUCACACCUGCUGAAGUCACAAAGACUACUACCGCCAAGUCUACUACCACCACAACUGAGACAGUGGAUGAGCCUACCAAGACCACCACCAAGACUGUGACUUCGACAACUGAUAUUGGAACAACCAUCACACCGGAUGCCAAGACGACUACAAAGACUGAUAAGACCACGACCACAGAUUAUGUGACAGUUACCAGUAAGGCUACCACAACAACAGUGAAGAGCACUACCACUGUGACUUCGACAACUACUACCAAGGCUUCCACUGUGACAACUACAGACACGGUCACAGUCUACAGCACCAAGACUAGCAGCAAGGACGCUGAAAAGACAACUACCACUGAGACUGUCACUGUUGGAACUGGAGGCACCACGACAAUCAGUACCAAGGCGACAACCGAGACCGUUACUUCGACCUCCACCAAGACCAGUACUAAGACUGCCACCACAACUGUCAGCUGUGAUGCUGCUUUGAAGAAGGUCAAGCGCGAGCUUGUCCCUCGUGCCAACGUUGCCAUUGUGACCGACUAUGUCACUGACGUCGACGUUGUGGUGAAGACCCUUACCACCACCUUGCCAAGCGCCACGGACUAUGUCACUUCAGUGGCUACGAAGACAACCUCACUCAAGGCCUCGACUACCACAGAUACCGUCACAUCCAUUGUGACAAAGGAAUCCACCACCACCAUUCCAGCAGUGACUGUGACCGUUUAUACUACAGACGUAACCUCAGUCGGCAAGACCACAACCCUGGAAGCAUCGACAAUUACCACAACUGCUAUCUCCACCGUGGCCAAGACUUCUACUACAACUGUUCCAGGUUCAACCGUUACCACUGUUAGCAUGAAGACUUCAACUGUGAAGAGUACUGUUACUCCUGCUGCCUCUACCACUACCAAGUACAAGACGACAACUAUCAAGACCACAGUCACUAUCCCUGCUUCUACAAGCACGGUUACCAAGACUACCACUGUGACUGAUAAGCCUUCUGUGACCAUCACAGAGCGUGCUACGUCUACUUCUACGAAGGUGAAGAGCACAACUACGACUACUACUGUCACUGCUACCAAGACUGCGGAGUGCGAUUAG